AGUCGGGACGUGAACAUUCCCAGCGCUAAUCGGCUCGAUUAGUCCACAUUUGUACAUACAUAUAUAUAUAUAUUUAAGGAUACGGCACACGGAAUACAGUUCAAAAUGGAUAAGCCCACAUAUGAUGUCCAGCAUCCUGCUAUAAUGGCCACGCCUUGGUUUAUGCUGAGUGUCCUGGGAUUAUAUUUGGUUGUGGUGACCCGUCUGGGACCCAAUUUUAUGCUCUUUCGAAAACCGUAUGAACUGAAAAAAUUGAUUAUAGUGCAUAAUAUUGUUCAGGUUGUGUCGUGCAUAUUCGUUGUCUACGAGAUUCUGCACAUAACGGAGUAUACGAUUCUGUACUUUUGGAAAUGCAGCGUUGUGGAGGAGACGCCCGAACGGAUGGCUCGUCAUUUCCGCUUGGCCUACUUCCUCUUCUGGCUAAAGCUGUCGGAGCUCAUAGAGACGGUUAUAUUCGUGAUGCGCCAGAAACAGAAUCAGGUGACCAAGCUGCACGUGUUCCAUCAUAUCAGCACCGUCACACUCAUCUAUAUGCUGAUCAAUCACAAUCGUAAAAAUGGCUGCGAUGCGCUGUUUCCCAUUCUGCUCAAUUCCAAUGUCCAUAUCAUUAUGUACACCUAUUAUCUGGUUGCCGCCGUGGCUGAUAAGCGAACGGUGCGUGCCCUGAUGCCCGUUAAGAAGUCAAUAACGGUUUUGCAGAUGGUGCAGUUCAUACUGAUCUUAAUCCAUGCCAUAUUGGUAUCGGUGAAUUGCGGCGUGGAGAAGGCCAUCUUCAUGUACUUCAUAUUUGUUAUUGGGCUUAUGUUCUAUGGAUUCUACGACUUCUAUCGCAAGUCCUACCAGAGCUCCAAGCGCAGAAAAAGUUCUAUCGCUGUUGCCGUUGUUGCUGCUGCAGCUGAAGCAGCUGAGGUGAAAUUACAAUAAAUAUAUACAUAUA